AUGGAAUUCGAGAAGAGGAAAGCUGCGACGUUAGCGUCGAUUCGCUCAUCGGUGACUGACAAAUCUCCGAAAGGCUAUCUCGAUGAGCCCAUCGUCCCUCUCCUCGAAACCAUCAAUCAUCACCCAUCAUACUUCACCACCAGUUCCUGCUCAGGUCGAAUCUCUAUCCUUUCCCAGCCCAAACCUCAUUUAAAUUCUACAACGAAGAAGAAAGCUCGCGGUGGCUCGUGGCUCUACAUCACGCACGAUCCGGCGGAUCCGGAUUUGGUCCUUUCUCUCCUUUUCCCUUCACAGUCGACUCAGAUUGACCCACUUGACCAACCCAGCGAAUUAGUCUUCCGAUUCGAGCCGUUGAUCAUUGCAGUGGAAUGCAAGGAUUUGGGUUCAGCUCAGUUUCUCGUGGCGACUGCUAUCUCCGCCGGGUUUAGAGAGUCGGGAAUCACAUCUUGCGGCGAUGGCAAAAGGGUAAUUAUAGCCAUACGGUGCUCGAUUCGAAUGGAGGUGCCUCUGGGUGAUACACAGAAGCUAAUGGUUUCACCAGAGUAUGUGAAGUUCCUUGUUGACAUUGCCAAUGAGAAGAUGGAUGCUAAUAGAAAGCGAACCGAUGGGUUUAGUCUAGCUCUGACGAGUAACGGUUUCAAGAAUCCAGAUGCAAACGACGUGGACGAAGAUGAUAACUACGAGAAUCUAGCUGGAGCACAUGAUUCAAGUAUCAACAACGGAGACUUGCAUCCUGGGACUCAGCAAGAUCUUAUGCCGCUCUCAACGUUAUCCAUUGUCGGCGAACCUGUUGAAAAGCUCCACCUUUGGGGACUGUCAGCUUGUGCCAUCGAUAAAACAGACCGAAAAGAAGUCAUCGUGUUUGGUGGCUUUGGCGGUUUUGGUAGACAUGCUCGAAGAAGCGAGUCUAUGUUGCUUGACCCUUCAUGUGGCACCUUAAAGAUGAUCGCAGUCAAUGAACCUCCAUCACCACGACUUGGCCACACAGCUUCAAUGGUUGGCGAUCUCAUGUUUGUUAUUGGAGGAAGGGCUGAUCCUUUGAACAUUCUGAAUGAUGUGUGGAUGCUUGAUAUAUCUAAGGAUGAAUGGAGCUCACAGAGGUGCAUUGGAAGUGAAUUUCCUCCAAGGCAUCGACAUGCAGCAGCCAGUGUUGGCUCUAAAGUAUACAUAUUCGGUGGGCUUAGCAGUGAUAAGAUAUUGUCCUCGUUGCACGUCUUGGAUACAAAGGACCUUGAGUGGAAAGAAAUUGAACAGCGAGGUCAAUGGCCCUGUGCGCGCCACUCUCAUGAUAUGGUUGCAUAUGGAUCGCAAUUAUUCAUGUUUGGAGGGUACAAUGGGGAAAAGGUACUCGAUGAUUUAUACAGCUUUGAUGUCCAAAGCUGUUCUUGGACACUUGAAGUGGUUUCUGGGAAAUGGCCUCAGGCCAGGUUUUCACACUCGAUGUUUGUGUAUAAGCAUAUCAUUGGUAUAGUUGGAGGUUGUCCUGUUUCACAAAAUUGCCAAGAUUUGACUCUGCUAGAUCUGAAGCACCGAUUGUGGAGGAGUGUCAGAUUGGAAUUUAUGAACAAAGAAUUAAUGGUCCGAAGUUCGGCCACUGUUCUUGGCGAUGAUGUUAUCGUAAUUGGAGGUGGGGCUGCUUGCUACGCUUUUGGGACUAAGUUUAGUGAACCAGUGAAAAUUAACUUGCUUCAAUCAGUGACUAUGACUGAAAAUCAUGUUCCCUCCGGACCUGAAGAUGCUUCUGUAGAAGUGAAGAAAAACGACGAACAUUUCAAGAAUGAAACUUCUGUGUCUCAAACCUGGGUGAUACAGUUAGAAAGAAAGUAUGCUAAGCUUGGCAAGGACAUACUUAAAAUUUUUGGAUGGUUAGACCUCGAGAGGAAGGUUUAUUCCAACGAAAAAGGUCUUUAUAUCUGCUUCCCCGUGACUGAGAAGUUUUCUGAGCUUUUCCAUGAAAAGCAGCUUUUGGUCAAGGAUUUAGAAGGGUCAGAAAAUGAUCACUUUACAAGCCAGCUCACAAAGGGUCUAUCUUUAAAGGAAAUAUCCAGUUCAGUGGCUUUGAAUCUAUUGAAGGAGAUUGGUGCUAGAAAACUCACUAAUGUAGCUGUUGAAGCCAAAAAAGUUGCAAAGUCUCCGUUACAGAGAAUGAGAGAAGCUAUCACGUCUAUACUUAAACACAAAGGUCUACCGGAGGAGCUUUUGGAUGAGCUUCCACAGAGAUGGGAACGGCUUGGGGAUAUUGUUGUUCUUCCUGUAACGUCUUUUAAAGAUCCAACUUGGAACUCUAUAAGUGAUGAAGUUUGGCCUGCUGUUGCUAUAUCACUUAGUGCCAACCGCCUUGCACGCCAGGGACGAGUGGAAUCCAACGGUACAAGGGAUAGUACAUUGGAGAUUCUUGUGGGAGACGAUGGAUGGGUGGAACAUCGUGAAAAUGGGAUCUUGUACUCUUUUAAUGCUACCAAAUGCAUGUUCUCAUGGGGCAAUCUCUCAGAAAAGCUCCGUAUGGGUAACAUGGUCUGCGAAAAUGAAGUUGUGGUGGACCUAUUUGCAGGAAUUGGAUAUUUUGUCCUCCCGUUCCUUGUGAGGGCAAAGGCAAAGCUGGUAUAUGCUUGUGAAUGGAAUCCCCAUGCUAUUGAAGCACUUCGACACAACGUCGAAGCAAAUUCUGUUUCUGACCGUUGUAUCAUUUUUGAAGGGGAUAACCGAAUCAAUGCACCCAAAGGAGUAGCAGACAGAGUCUGUCUUGGUCUUAUCCCGACUAGCGAAGGAAGCUGGGUCACAGCAAUUCAGGCAUUAAGGCCCGAGGGAGGAAUACUCCAUGUUCAUGGAAACGUCAAGGACUCAGAUGUUAGCAGUUGGACCGAACAUGUCUCCAAAUCAUUAAGUGAUAUCGCCAGAGCCGAAGGUCGUAGCUGGGAAAUUACAGUAGAACACAUAGAGAAAGUGAAAUGGUACGCUCCUCGGAUUCGCCAUCUUGUCGCCGAUGUGAGAUGCAGAUGA